AUGUAUGUGAAAUGGUUUGAUACAGUAAUGUUAUACUAUGUGAUUUUAGUGUAUUUAGUGAAUGUCACUUUUUCACAUUUUCAAAUUUCCCGCCUGUUCCGUCCCCCGUACGUCCCGACGUCACAGGGAAUGAAACCCGGAAGACAGAUGCCGGCAUCGGCCGGAGGACAUUGCUGGGGACACUGCAGGGGGGACAUCGCGGGAGCGCAGGACAAGGUAGGUGAAGAAGGGAUCCCGGAGCAACGCUGCAGGGUAUUCCCGAGUGUAGCUCGGGGUUACCGCUUGUGCUACACUCGGGAAUACCGCCAGGGGGGU